GAAAACGGGCCCAGUUUAUCCAACAUGGCGCUUUGCUCGGAUGAUGGCCCGGCUCGCCGCGGGGAUGUGGAGGAGGUCCAGCGGUUGCUGGCCACGGACCUGGAGGCCUCGGCGGCUCCGCUCCGCCGCCGGGCGGUGCACCAGGCGGCGCUGGGCAACCAUUGCGCUGUGCUGCAGCUGCUGCAUGAGGCGAAAGCGGACCUCACCGCGCGAGACGCCUGUGACCUGACUGCCGUCCACUUGGCCGCGGAUUGUGGGCAUGUGGAGGCUGUGCGGUUCUUGGCCGUUGCCGCGCCCCGCGCGCUGCUGGCGCCGGACGGCGCUGGGGCCACGGCCCUGCACCGGGCGGCGGCCAGAGGCCAUGUCAACGUCUUGGAGUUGCUUCAGGAGCUCGGGGUGGAUCCGUUGGCACCGGCUGCCAAUGGCAAGACCGCAGUGCACUUCGCAGCGCAAGCUGGGCAGCGCGAGGUGCUCGCCUUCUUUCCACCCAGCUGCAGCCUGAAGUUGGUGCACCUCACCGAGAGCAUCUUGAGGGGCGAAAAGCUGGUGAAGCCAGUCUUUGCUGAAGAAGCACCACAUCGCACGUGGCUGGACCUUCCCGCAGAAUCUUGAGCAGGACUGUCCUUUGGGGCCUGGGAAAAAUGCAG